GGAAUAAUUGCUGGCAUUUCCGGACUACUUUCUUGGACACGCGCGCAUUUUUUCCACUUUCUCUCGGUCCUCAUAUAUAUAUGAUAUAAAUGUUCUACAAGGCCAUAGUCAAAGGCAAAAAACCUUUGCAAGCCGCAUCUCAUGCCAUCUCUUCUACCACCACAGCGGCUGCAUCUUCCUCGUCUGCCCUUUUUUCACGUGUCUUCGUCAAGCACAGGAUUAGUUUUUCUGGGACAGUCCGUUCAUUCAAAAGAGAUGCUUUCAGAAGAUCGUUCUCUGCAAAGAAUCAGAAUCCGAUAGAGACACCGCCGUCAUUGGCUGGUGUGAAAGGUCUCCCACUGUACAGGAAACUCAUCGCAGCAUGGACAGAAACGCCCACAAAGUGGUAUCCGCUACCGCUCGCCGUUGGAGCACUACUCCUUGUCGUCAUACAGUACCGCAAGAAAGCAGCACGCGCCGAGAAGGAGGUACACGUCGACGACGAGGGACAUGAGAUAAUCAAGUUAAAAGGACCAUGGCAGGUACAUGUUAUUGGCGCUCUCCCCUUGCGAAAUAUGUCCCGUGUGUGGGGUUAUUUCAACUCGCUGGAGCUCCCUGUAUGGGUUAGACCCUACGGUUUUCGAUUAUAUGCCUAUAUGUUUGGAUGCAACUUGGAAGAAAUUGAACCUGCAGAUCUCACGCAAUAUGCCAGCCUAGGAGCGUUCUUUUAUAGAAAACUCAAAGCUGGCGCAAGACCCGUAGAUAACGCUAUUCUGGUCAGUCCUGCAGAUGGUACCGUGCUCCACUUCGGAACUAUCCAAGACCUGCGAGUGGAGCAAGUCAAAGGAAUAACAUAUUCUCUUGAUGCUUUACUCGGUGUAGAAAGGUCAGACCCUGGAAGCCCUACUUCAUCAACGUCGACUAUUGUAGAGAUCCCGAGGAGUCGUGACAUGUCCAUAGUGGACGACCACGAAUUUGCCAACGUCAAUGGUAUCGAAUACAGUCUGGACCAACUCUUAGGUGUGUCCAUACCCUCUACGCCCACCUCUACCACGCCGCCCGUCACUCCUGCUAUGGAAAGAAACCCGGAUGCAAUCCCAGAGAAACACGGUGAACAGAUCGAUGCAUCUGUCGAACAAGAGGGUACAUUGCAAGAAACCCUUGCACACGACGCGUCAGUGGCUCGUGAAAUGGGCGUACGGCCAUCUCUCGGUGAACGCAAGAGAAGCACAUCAGGCAAGACUGUUAAAGAAGGCAAUGCACUGUAUUUCACUGUCAUCUACCUUGCGCCUGGUGACUAUCACCGAUUCCACAGCCCGACUGCUUGGAUAGUAGAGAAACGGAGACAUUUUGUUGGGGAACUGUUCUCCGUUUCACCCUACAUGGCGAAGCGUUUAGAAAAUUUGUUUGUCCUUAACGAACGGGUUGCUCUGCUUGGAAGAUGGAGACAUGGUUUCUUUGGUAUGAUCCCCGUGGGCGCAACCAACGUUGGGAGUAUCAAAAUCAAUUUCGAUACCGCACUACGUACCAAUGUCCGUGGCCGACCACCUCCACCAGGCACCUACACAGAAGCGAUCUAUUCCGGCGCAUCUCCCGUACUGAAUGGUCAACCCCUGACGCCCGCACAAGAGAUGGGUGGAUUCUGCCUUGGCAGCACAAUCGUGCUCGUCUUCGAGGCUCCGAAGACCUUUGAAUUCGCUAUCAAAGAGGGUCAGAAAGUCAAGGUCGGAAAUCGGCUGGGUGACGUACCAGGGAUGACUACAACGAUUGGAAAAGAGAAGGUGGAAUGAAAGGACUGAAAUGGAAUGGGACACUAUCUAGCUUAUUUAUGUUUGCAUGAUAUAUCCCAUCUGCACAUACAUUAUUGAAUAACACAUCUAACAAA